AUCAAGUGGCGAAAUUAUAAACAGUAUGAAAAAUCUUUGCGAUCCGCGUACAACGAACUUAAACAAUUGUCAAACAUUACGGUCAUACGAGUACAAACGUCGCCAUUUUAAAAUAACACCUUCUGGAGGUGAUGGUGUCAAUGCAAAACAAAACGAAAGAAACUAAAGAUACAAAAACAAAAUUAUGAAUAUUUAUUUUGUGUUUGUGAGCUUGACAGUGAGUUACAUCGGAGAAUCGUUUGCAUUAACGUCGGUGGUAAAUGGUGUCAGUAAUACUGAAGCAGGAGCAGCAGCAGCAACAGUGGUGUCAGCCGCAACUGCAGCUAUAUUGAGAACUGACAACAACAAGGAUGUUAAUGAUAAUGUGCAUGUCUCGCUGUCGGGAAAAUUAAAUUCAGUAUCGGUAAAUAAUGGCAGCACAUUCAGUGUUUUGUCAGAUUUAAAUGUUACACAAUUUUCGGAUGACACAUGUCCCUCGAUGGAUGAUGCUGACGGAUUGACUCAAACUCAAUUGAUAAACCGAUUGACGGCACCCUGUCGUUAUGAUCGCUUAGAGCGUCCUCAAAUUGUUGAAAAUGGCACUACUAACUCGGAGGCACCCGUGGAUGUGCAUGUACGUGUCUAUAUAUAUGUUCUUCAAAAUUUGGAUUCCAGUGAUUUGCAGUUUAAGAUGCAUGGUCUUAUUCAGAUGCGUUAUAAUGAUCCGCGGCUGGCAUUUUCAAAAUAUGCACCCAGUAGAACCCAAUCAAUAUUGGGAGAGUCGUCAUUGCGUGGUCUCAUUUGGGUACCUCACAUUUUUCUGGCCAAUGAACAUGAUUCCAGUGUUCUAGGUACUAACGAGAAGGACAUACUUACUGCUAUAAGUCCUAAUGGGACUGUUAUUAUAUCGUCGCGUGUCCAGGCCACGCUGUAUUGUUGGAUGAAAUUGCAAAAGUUUCCUUUUGAUGAACAGUUUUGCCCCACCGUGCUUGAGAGCUGGAUGUAUAACUCCUCGGAACUGGUUCUACAUUGGGAACAAAAUGAGCCCGUGGCUUUUGAUCCCAAAAUGCAUUUGACUGAAUAUGCCCUUCAGAAUGUUUGGAAGAACGAGACCACCAUUAAUGCCGAUUUAGAUGAUUUGCGCCACGGUGCCUUUGCCGGAAACUACAGUUCACUCUCAUUUACCGUCCAUUUGACACGGGAAGUUGGUUAUUAUGUGAUGGAUUAUUUUCUGCCUUCCAUAAUGAUCGUAGCCAUAUCAUGGGUAUCAUUUUGGCUGCAAGCUGAUCAAACACCAGCACGCACUACUCUUGGCUGCACAACCAUGCUGUCAUUCAUUACUCUGGCCUCGUCACAGGAAAAUAAUUUGCCAAAAGUUAGCUACAUAAAAAUUUCGGAAGUUUGGUUUCUUGGCUGCACUUGCUUCAUAUUUGGCAGCCUUGUGGAGUUUGCUUUCGUCAAUACAAUUUGGCGUCGCAAGCACAGCGUUGAAGUUAAAAAAGUAAAAAGCAAAUAUAUUUUAAAAUCGACUCUAACGCCUCGCAUGAAAAGGCACAAAAUGAUGGACAGUGUUAACUGUGAUAAUCUUUCGUCUCAAAAACACGGAUGUGAACGAUAUCUCUCCGUGAUAGAAUCACCAGUCAUCAUAACCGUGGAUGAGGAAACUACGAAUAAAUUUAAAUCUAACGAGUCGAUCACAACCCCUUCAAUCAGUAUAGAUGAAUGCGACAAUGAAAAGGAGAAAAAGUAUCCGCCUAAUAAUACGUGGUCGACAAUGACUCCGCACGAGGUAUCCCUAUGGAUAGAUAGAAAAGCCCGCUUUGUGUUUCCUCUGGCCUUCAUUAUAUUUAAUGCAUUCUUCUGGACAUUUGUGUAUUGUUUGUAAAAAUAAAUCCGUAUCUUUACAUUUACAUAUGUAUCUUGCCUAA